GAUGGGAGUCUCUAGGGCAUAAGAGGAGAUGGGAGGUGGAGGAGAAGAUAGAGCAGAGGAGGAAGUGGUGGACGUUGGCCUCAAGGACUUGUCCAAGAGACUUGAAGAAUUUGCAAGAGCUAGGGACUGGGAAAAGUACCACAGCCCUAGAAAUCUCCUCCUCGCCAUGAUCGGGGAGGUGGGAGAGCUGUCGGAGAUAUUCCAGUGGAGAGGGGAGGUGGACAAGGGGCUGCCCAACUGGGAGGAGGCGGAGAAGGAGCAUCUCGGGGAGGAGCUCUCCGACGUGUUGCUCUACCUCGUGAGAUUGGCCGACAUUUGCGGCAUCGACCUCGGCGAUGCUGCCGCCAAGAAGAUUGUCAAGAACGCCAUUAAGUACCCUGCCAACAAGGCCCUCUUCACCGACCAAAAAAAAACAAGGCCCUCUUCUGAAAAUCAUGUCAUCUCUCAAGGCCAAAAGGCCAGUUGAUGUACUUUGAGGAGCUCCAUAUCUUUUGUCAUUGAAAAAACACUAGUAGAAAGACUGAAUGUUUUCACUUUUGACACUUUA